AUUCUUCUGCGCAGCUAUUACAAGUUGGUACACUCAUGUGCAUUCAGUGAUUUGGCGCGUUUUGAUCAUCACGUAUCCGCAAACCCUGUCGAGUAUUCGUCCUAUAAGACAAAAUGUCCAAAAUACGCCGAUUGUCCCUUCGAGGGAUACGCAAUUUCGGCGAUGACAAUGAGGACUCGUUAAUACGUUUUUCCUGCCCAUUGACAUUAAUUCUUGGGCCAAAUGGCACCGGCAAGACCACGAUUAUCGAAGCAUUGAAGUAUGCUACUACAGGCGAAUAUCCGCCGGGUUCGGACAAAGGAAAAUCUUUUAUACACGAUCCUGUAUUGGCAACAACUGGCUCGGUGAGAGGUGUCGUUAAAGCAGAAAUAGUUGAUGCCACGGGAAAUACUUACACAGUAUCCCGAACAAUUGAAUCAUCAAAAGCAGGGAAAAAAUUUAAGACUCUUGACAAUACUGUAACCAGAGUUAGCAAAGAUAAAAAAGAAAAAGCAUCAAUAACCAAUCGAUGCGCUGAUGUUGAUGCGGAACUCUGUGUAGCAUUAGGUGUUUCAAAAUCAAUUCUAAAUUAUGUUAUAUUUUGCCAUCAAGAUGAGCUUAACUGGCCAUUUGAUCAAGGAAAGGCGUUAAAAGAGAGAUUUGAUGAAAUCUUUGAUAGUAGCAAAUUCAAUAAAGCCUUGGAGAAUAUUUCAAAGCUGUAUAAAGAUUUACAAGGCGACAUUCGAAGCUUGAAUGCAGAGAAACAGACCUUCAAAGUGUUUGUAUCUGAAGUAGAAGACAAAGAAACCAAACUUGAGGAUCAGAAGAAGAGAUUGGAUACUACAAAGGAAAAGAUUAAUGAUAUUAAUAAGCAGCUUGAGCCUUUGAAGCAGAAAAUUGAAGAAGUGCAACAGUUUCAUUUAGAGUAUAAAAAUGUUCAGGCUGAGGAAGAGAAAAAGAAAAUGGAAUACAACAUGCAUAAGGAACGAUAUGAAAAGCUUAAAGAAACUAUAGAAAAUAUCUUUGAAGGAACAACAGAGGAGUUAAAUGCACGCAUAGAAUCUUAUGCUACUAAAUUAAAACAGAAGAAUGAUGAAAUAACAGAGAAUGAAGCUGAAAUUAAAAGUAUUAGCGGAAAAGAAACUAGGAUCUCGAAUAUCUUAGCGACACGAAGAGAAACCGUAGGUACAUUAAAGCAACAAGUAAAAGAUCAGGAGAGAAGAAUAGUUCGUCGUAAUCAAUUGUUAAAUAAUGCGCUAAAAGCAUGGGAUUUUGAUACAGUUGGUUCAGACGUCACUGAAAUAGAGGUGAAGGCUCGUACGAAAAGAUUGGAACAAAAGAUGCGAGAGGUGGAGCGAGAGGUAGAGGAAAAUAGAAUGAUCAUGCUGAAACAGGAAAGAGAAUUGCAAAAGGAAGUUGAUGUGCUGCGUAGUAACCAUUCAAAGAUAGAAUCGGAAAAAGUUCUCAAGGAGAAGGAAGCAACAGAGAUAAGAGAUGAAAUUGCUGUAGUUCGAAGUCAGAUAGCACAGAUUGAUGCAGCGGGAAAUAAGUUGGAGUCUAUCGAACAAAAACUACAAGCAGCAAAACAAAAAGUUGAUGAACUUAGCAAUGCGUUAGAUGUCGAUUCUGUUAAAGCUGAUGUCGAAAACAAAAUAAAAAACAGAGAUAAGAUUGAAGCGAGCUUAAGCGCAAUCGAUGAUGAGAUUUCUUCUUUGCACAAAUUAAGCUCAUUAACGGCGGAAUUCGAGUUAAAAAAGUCAGCGUUGCAAGCUAAAGAAGAAGAAUUGGAGAAUUUGAAAACCAAACAUGGAGAUAGCAUCAAGACAUUGUUAAAUAUUCAAAAAUUACCAGAAACGAAAUUGAAAAAUACUUUAGAACGCGUUCAUCAGCAAUUGGAAAAAGAAACGAGUACUUUAACACGCGAGAUUCAAGCACAAGAACGCAAAACUACUGCUUUGGAAACAACACUGCGACAUGUAAAAUCCGACAUUGAUGGAAAAACAAUAGAACUACAUCGUGAUAAGGAGAAGAUAUCUACAGUGUGCGAUUACAAAGAUUUCAACCAGACUUUGUUGAUGCAGUCAAAGAUAGUAAAGAAUCUUCAGGACAAGAGAGGCGUUUAUGCUUAUCAAGCUACAGCCUAUAAAGAAUAUAUUAAAAAACUAUCUGAAAAGGAUCCCUGCUGCCCGUUGUGCCAUAGAAAUUUCGAGGAACAAAAGAAAGCUGCUGAUUUAAUAAAGGAAAUGGAAAGUGAUAUAAUUCGUAAUCAACCUGAUCGUUUAAAGAAGUGUGAGGAGGAAUUAAAGAAGCAACAAGAAAAAUACGACAAUAUGUUGCAGUUAAAACCUAUCGUGGAAAAGAUCAUUCAGUGUGAGGAGCACGAUUUGACACAAUUGAAGGAAAAAUUAGAGAAAAUAAAGAAUAAUACAGUGCAAUCAAAAGCGGCCGCUAAAAGUUUAGAAACAUCGAAGGAAGAGCCUGAGAAGAAGUUAUUGCUAUACAAAGAUAUGAUUGGCGAUAUAAAAUUUUGGGAUCGAUGCAUAGAUGAAAUACAACAAUUAAAGAAAAUUGUUGAUAGUCUCGAAAGUCGAAUGAACAAUGCUGGAGUCAAAACUGAAAGAACCAUAGAAGAAGCGCAAGCGCAGCGAGAUUCUUUGAAAACAUCUCUUAGAGAAACUCGUAAUCAUAUCGAAGCGCUACAGCUUAAAUUGAACAAACAUAAUGACAGAUUGCAUGAUGCUAGAGCAGCAUAUAAUGAGUUACAUGAACAACAAUUAAAAAUCCAAUCAGAUAUGCAAAAGAUAAAACAUUUGAAAGACAAGCGAGAGGACUUGUUCACGCGAGAAGUUUCUGUAAUAGAAAUGGUCGACAAGUUACGAGAAGAUUUGGCGAAUGCCGAGGAUCAAUUAGAUUCCGGUACUAAUCAACUGGAAAAAACUAAGGCGGACAACUGGCAAAAGCAGGAAGUUGAUAGACAAUCAACGGCCGAAAGCACUAGACGCUUGUCCGAAUUGCAUAAGAUAAUAGACGAUGUUGAGUCAUUUGUUAAUAGCAACGUGACCGCGAAUCUCGCGAGAUAUGAGAGUGAAAUAAAGUCUUAUCAGGAUUCGCUAACAGAUCUUACGAACAAGAGAAAAGAUGUUGAACAAACGAUAAACAAGUUGAAGGAGGACGUCGCUUGUCAAGAAAUCGGAAGGAGAGAACUGCUAGAUAAUAUGACGUUGCGUAAAAUUAAAGAAACGGUAGAAGCUUUAACGGAACAAUACAAGAAAUUACGCGAAAAGCUGAAAAAUAUGAAUUACGACGAGAUGACGAAGAAGUGGGAUCAGUUAGAAAAUGAGAGGCAGGUGUUGCUUCGCCAAAAAAACGUAGCACUCGGAAAUCAGGAAGAAUUAGAAAGAGUAAUAAAACAAUACACGCAGGAGUUGCGAAAAGAGGAAUACCGAUUAGCUCGUCGAAAUUACACCAACAAAUGCAUCGAGUUAGAAGUUCAAGAAAACGCUAUAGCCAAUCUGAAAAUCUACAGCAAAGUAUUGGACGCGGCGAUGAUCGACUAUCAUGAGGAGCGCAUGUCGACUGUCAACAAGAUAAUGAAGAAACUGUGGAAGCACAUUUACAAAGGGACAGAUACAAGCUGCAUCGAAAUCUGCACGGAACCUACGGAGGGUGUAGGCAGCAGUAGAAGAAGCUACAAUUACAAGCUGAUUCAAACUAAACACGGCUGCAAAAUGGACAUGAAAGGACGUUGCAGCGCUGGACAGAAGGUGCUGGCGUCAAUAAUUAUAAGACUUGCCUUGGCAGAAACAUUUUGUAAGGAUUGUGGUAUUCUCGCAUUAGACGAACCAACCACGAAUUUGGACGAAGAAAAUGCGAACAGCUUAGCAGACACGCUAACUAAAGUGGUCGAACUGCGAUCAAGACAUCAAAAGAAUUUCCAGUUGAUUAUAAUCAGCCAUGAUGAAAAGUUCCUACAGAAGCUUGCCGACUUGAAUAAUCAUAAGAAAUUUCAUGAACUUUAUCGCAAAAACAACGGAAUGACCGCGGUGAAAAUGUCUGAUUUUAAUGAACCUACAAGUUCUCUGGUUCAUCACAUUAAGAGUGAAGACGAAUCCGAUGAAGAAGAGCAGCGUCCUAAUCAAUUACGAGGGCCUACCAGUUCGUCCAAAAAUGUAUCGAAUAAAAGAUACAAUUGGGAUGAUUUUAACGAAGAGGAUAGGCAACCAAGGCCGGAUGUACGAUUUUGUGGCCCCUAAGCUAUGACCUUAAGGAGGCCCUCAUCUUAUUAACAAAAAAUACAUUUUUUUUAAUCUUUUCUAUGUAUAUACUAAGGAGGCCCCUUUAUAAUGUGAGGCCCUAAGCUGUAGCUUAUCUAGCUUAUGUGUAGAUCCGGCACUGGUCCAUUACAAUGUGUAUUACAGUGUAUUUGUAAUAUGUUGAUAUUUAUUUAGACGAAGAAAGAGAUAAACGGAUAAAAGAUGUAAAAGAUGUUCUGAAAGUAUCAUAUAUGUAAUAAGCAAACAUUAUUUUUCUACGUUUGCAGAAAUAUAGAUGUUGGUUCUAAUAAAUUUAUUUUGAAAUUUA